AUGUCCGAACAAGCUGCUUUCAACUUCCUGCCUUUGGGCGCCAUCAUCCAAACCUUCUCCGUCGGUGGUAAGAACAUCGUGCUGAAUUUCCCUACGCAGGAGGACUAUGUCAAGCACAAUACCCCACACUAUGGUGCCACCAUCGGCCGUGUUGCAAACCGUAUCAAGGAUGGUCUGAUUCAGGAGCUAAAUGGCCAGAAGGUUCAACUGGUGCAGAACAACGGCCCUAAUUCCCUGCAUGGUGGGGAGAACAAUUGGGCUAAGCGCGUCUUUGACGGCCCAUACACCGUCCAGCGCAAUGGUCACGAUGCCGUGCACUUCAAGUACCUCUGCAGAGAUGGUUCGGAGGGAUUCCCCGGGACCAUCGAGGUGCGCGUGUGGUACAUCGCUAGCAACGAGGACGCCAAGACCGUGCUGACGGCCGAGUACGAGGUGGAAUUUGUUGGCAACGAGUGCGAGGAGACUGUAGUUAAUAUCACCAACCACAGCUACUUUAACAUUGGCGAUGGCCCCGAUAUUUCAGGCACCACCGCCCAGCUCGCUACAGCCGACUAUCUGCCCCUCGAUAGCACGGGCAUUCCCUCGGGUGAGAUCGCCAAGUUCCCGCGGGACGUGACAGCCCCGUUCGCGCUCGCCGCAACCGGCGCACACUUCGACGACGUCUUUGUGCUCGAGUCCGAUCCUAGCAAAAUCCCCCUGGACACUCGUGGCUUACCGCUACGCCGUCUAGCCCAGUUUAGCAAUGCAAGCUCGGGCCUACAUUUCGAAGUGUACAGCACCGAGCCUGCCUUCCAAUUCUACACUGGCAAGUACCUCGAUGUGCCAUCGGUCAAUGGGGCACCAGCACAUCAUGAAGGAGCUGCAUUCUGUGUGGAACCUAGUCGGUUCGUGAAUGCGAUUAACGAGCCUGCGUGGCGGUCCAUGGUUCUGCUGAAGAAGGGUCAACUGUUUGGCUGCAAGACUGUUUACAAGGCGUGGAAGGCCUGA